UAUACAUUGCCAAGUUGAAACUAUGUAUCUUAACACAAUGAAUAAGUUUAUUUUUUUAAUUUUAAUAAUUGGCUCGUUAACGAGAAAAUCUGAGUGUGGCACCCUCGACAGUAUAAAAAAGAUAGCAUCACUAUUUGUCGAUAUUGCCCGAUUCAGCAAAGAUUACGUCAAUUUCCAAUCGGAGCAAGUAUCGGACUCGACUCCUCGGGAGAAUCAAAAGUACGAUUUCGUGAUCGUCGGAGCCGGCAGUGCGGGUAGCGUACUUGCGUCGAGACUCACGGAAAACCCCAACGUCACGGUCCUGCUUAUCGAGGCUGGUGGCUACGAAAAUUAUUUGCACGACGUGCCUCUGCUGGCCUUGGGAGCUGGCUUCUUUCCCUUCUCGCACUGGGGAUACCAGACCGAACGAUCCGACGAUUAUUGCACUUCCAAUGUCAAUCACCAUUGCAAACUGCCCAUGGGGAAAGGUCUCGGAGGAAGUAGCGCCGUCAAUCUUAUGAUUGCUACUAGAGGCCAUCGAGAAAAUUACAACGAGUGGGCCAAGAUUACAAACGACUCUAUUUGGUCGUACAAUAACAUGUUACCGUACUUCAAAAAAAUGGAACGUUUCAAUGCACCUCUGGUGCCCAACAUUGAUUCAAAUCUACACGGUUUUGAGGGUCCCGUUGACAUCGUUAAUUACGAUUUUAGCUCAAUCCUCAUGAAAACCUUCGUCGAGGCGGGAGUGGAGCUGGGACUGCCUCCCGUCGAUUUCAAUGGUCGCAGUCCGAAUGGCUUCAGUUACAUGCAAACGAAUCACAGAAAUGGCAAAAGGCUUACUUCAAACAGUGCUUAUCUGAACCCGGCAAAGGAUAGAAAAAAUCUCUUCGUCACUUUGCACAGUCGCGUUAACAAAGUGCUCAUCGAUCCAAAUACCAAAACUGCCUAUGGGGUUGAAUUCGAGAAGAGUAGUUCGUUAUUUUCAGCUAAGACGAUCACGGCAAUGGCUACGAAAGAGGUAAUACUGAGCGCUGGUCCUCUGGGAUCUCCGAAAAUUCUCAUGCUAUCGGGUAUAGGGCCGGCCGAGCAUUUGCAAGAGCUUAAUAUCGAUCUUAUCCAAAAUGCUCCGGUGGGAAAAAAUCUCAUGGACCACGCUGGCUACAUAUCGAUGCGUUAUAAAGUCGAUCAAGAUAUUGGUUUUGGCCUCCAAGAGAUUUUCAAUUUAUCCAACAACUAUCUGUUGGGUUACUUGGAAAAUGGAACUGGCCCAAUCAGUUCCAACAGCUUGUGCGAGGGUAUAGCAUUUCUGAACAUCGAUAAUCCCCACGAUGAAGAUUCUGUACCUGAUGUUGAAAUUUUGUUAGCAAUACUUAGCAAGAAAGAAUUUUAUUUCUUACCGAUUCUCAUUCAGCCAAAGAGCCGAGGUCAGGUUUUGCUCAAAAGUUCUAAUCCCAAGGAUGAUCCCGUUGUAGUCCCGAAUUAUUUUUCUGAAAAAGAUGACGUUAGAGUCGCUGUGAAAGCUGCUAAUAUGGUGUUGAAAGUAAUGAAAACAAAUGCUUUUAAAAAGUACAAUCCAACAUUGCACGCACCAACUGGUGCAAGAUGCAAUAAAAUCGAAAGGUUUUCGAAUGACUUUUGGGAAUGCGCUUACAGAACGAGAACAAUCAGUUUUUGGCAUCACUCGGGCACUUGCAGUAUGGGCAGCGUUGUUGAUUCAAAACUCAAAGUAAAAGGCGUGAGAAAACUACGUGUUAUUGAUGCUUCUGUGAUGCCAAAAAUCCCUUAUGCUCAUACAAAUAUUCCUACUAUGGCUAUAGCCGAAGCAGCAGCUGAUUUCAUUAAAAAAACGUAUAAUACAUUUUAACCAAGUGUGCGUUGAAAAUAAUAAUUUGGGC